GCGCGAACCGCAAAGCACGUCGUGGCAGAAGCAUGACAGUGACCAAACCACACUUAUUGUGACGAUUGCUUUUAUUGCAGGGCAACAAAGAUCGACGACAUACCGCAAAUGAACCCGGCCAGUGACACCGUCGUCAACCCCAAUAAACCCCUUUUAGGGCAAUUCACAAGGCGAGCAAUGUCGCACACUACCAGUACGACGGCACCGAAGAUGGACUGGGAAGUCCAAGCUGUUGAAAACAACGGACAGAUUCACGCGGAGCCUCAAAGUUCGCCGGGAUCCGAAUUUGGCGGGUGCGGGAGUAGCAAGGAACCUGUUUUCGCGCGGUCGGUGUUAGUGGAAGGGAGCGCAGAUUUGGACACGGAAACCGUGUGGCCCGAUGUUUUCGUCAUCCGUUCUCGCUGUCCCCGCCACUUGCGGCACGCGGCACGAAAUGAUGAUAAUGAUGAUGAUGGUGAUGACGACGUUGAUGUUGAUGUUGAUGCUGUUGACGAUGUUCAUCAUGAUGACGAUGUUGGUGAUGAUUACGGUGGUGAUGUUGAUCUGGACGACGAUGGUGCUGAUGAUGAUGAUGAUCAUCAUCAACAUCAUCAGCGGCAUCGUCGUCGUCAUAAAAAGCACCACCAUCGUCGCCUUCGUCAUCAUCGUCAUCAUCAACAGCAUCAUCAUCAUCGUUAUCAUCGUCAUCAUCAUCUUCGUCAUCAUCAUCAUCAUCAUCAUCGUCGUCAUCAUCAUAUUCGUCAUCAUCAUUAUCAUCAUCAACAUCAUCGUCGUCAUCGUCGUCAUCAACACGACGAUGACGACGAUGAUGUCGAUGAUGAUGAUGAUGAUGACGAAGAUGAUGAUGACGACGAUGAUGAUGAUGAUCAUGAUGAUGAUGAUGAUGAUGACGAAGAUGAUGACGACGAUGAUAACGAUGAUGAUGAUGCUGUUGAUGAUGACGAUGAUGACGAAGGCGACGAUGGUGGUGCUUUUUAUGACGGCGACGAUGCCGCUGAUGAUGUUGAUGAUGUUGAUGACGUUGACGAUGUUGAUGAUGAUGUUGUUGACGAUGAUGAUGAUGAUGAUGAUGAUGAUGAUGAUGAUGAUGAUGAGGAUAAUGAUGAUGACAAUGAUGUUGAUGAUGAUGAUGAUGAUGAUGAUGAUGAUAAUGAUGGUGGUGAUGAUGGUGGUGAUGAUUAUGGCGAUGAUAAUGAUGAUGACGAUGAUGAUGGUGGUGAGGAUGAUGGUGAUGAUGAUGGCGAUGAUGAUGAUGAUGAUGAUGAUGGCAAGCAAGAAUCAUGGGCCCCCUCGUGAGGAAAGAACAAGCGGGAAUCAAAGGGGCAUACAGAA